AUGGAUCUUGGAACCUCAGAAAAUGACUCUGUGGUGACUGAGUUUGUCCUGCUGGGUUUGACAGAGACCCCAGUCCUGCGACCCGUCCUGUUUGUCAUCUUCCUUCUUGCGUACAUAAUGACGGUUGGUGGGAGUUUCAGCAUCCUGGCUGCCAUCCGUACAGAACCCAAACUCCACAUGCCCAUGUACUUCUUCCUGGGGAACCUGUCCCUGCUGGAUGUCGGGUGCAUCAGUGUCACUGUACCUGCUAUGUUGAGGCAUUUCUUGCGCCAGGACAGGAGCAUUCCUUACAGAGCCUGCAUCUCUCAGCUCUUCUUCCACCUGCUGGCUGGGACCGACUGUUUCCUGCUAACUGUUAUGGCAUAUGAUUGCUACCUGGCCAUCUGCCAGCCCCUCACCUACACCACCCGUAUGGGCUGGGGAAUCCAGCAAGUCCUUGUGGGUAUGUCAUACUUGUUUUCCUUCUCCAAUGCACUGACCCACACUGUGGCCUUGUCUACUCUUAAGUUCUGUGGCCCCAAUGCGAUCAACCACUUCUACUGUGACCUCCCACAGCUCUUCCAGCUCUCCUGCUCCAGCACCCAACUCAAUGAGCUUCUGCUCUUUGUAGCUGCAGCCUUCAUGGGUGUGGCUCCCUUGGCUAUCGCUGUGUCGUAUGCCCACGUGGCAGCUGCAGUCCUGCGCAUCCGUUCUGCUGAGGGCAGGAAGAAGGCCUUCUCCACCUGCGGCUCCCACCUCACUGUGGUAGGCAUCUUCUACGGAACAGGUGUCUUCAGCUACAUGCGACUCGGUUCAGUGGAGGCUUCAGACAAGGACAAGGGGAUUGGCAUCCUCAACACUGUCAUCAGUCCCAUGCUGAAUCCCCUGAUCUACAGCCUGAGGAACCCUGACGUACAGGGAGCUCUGCGACAGGUGUUCCUGAGGAGGUAG